AUGGAAGCCUCAGAAAUAGCGGAUUGUCAUCCCGCAACUGCUAUAGAGACAUUUAAACUCGCAAUGAUUCAGGGGACGAAGUUCCACACUUCCUUAGUCAAGUAUUCUCCUCCUGACAUGCAGACUCUCAAUGCCAGGGCCCAGAUCUACAUUCGGCUUGAGGAAAAUAUAGCCCACCGAGCGCAGUACGCCACCCUGGUGACAGUGGAAAACAAGCCUCGAGAAAGAAUUCCAACUCCAAAGAUUCAACAAAGCCAACGUUCCUCAACGCCGAUCACCCAGGCACCUGAAAAAAGGCAAAGGGUAGAGGAAGGAUUUACACCUCUCCGAACUACCUUGGCUCAGCUCUUCCAAGAGAAUAAGGUGAAGUUCACAACUCCAUCCUUUAGGCGACAGGUGGAGAAUAUGAUCGCCAGAGGUGAGUUAACAGAUUACCUUAUGAUAAAGGAAUAUGCAAAGCCCCGCGAGGUCUAUCCCCGCAAGGUGGAAGGUACGCAAGUAAAAGUCAUUUAUGCAAUACAUGGCAGGUCUGAAGAUGAUCAAGAGUCCGAGGAUGUAUACAGAUCUAGACUGAGGGCAGCCUACAAGCUCAGGAGGAUAGCCUCGGUCAGUGAUAUCGCUUCGGGUAGCAUCAGUAUUGGAUUCAGAGAUGGCGACCUAUCUAGAGUUCAACUCCCCCACGACGAUCCAUUGGUUAUCAGUCUUUUAGUGGCUAAUUGUAUGAUCCAGAGGGUUUUGAUAGAUCCAGGAAGUAGCGCCAACAUAAUCACAAAGACGGUCUUUGAGCAGCUAGAGAUCCCGUCAUCAUCUAUUCGACCUACCUCCAGCCCGUUGAUGGGGUUCGAUGGCAUAAGAGUAGAUCCCCUUGGAGUAAUAGACUUGUCUGUAACCGCGGCGAAGAGGAUUCUAAAGGGAAAUUUGUUUUAA